AUGUCUGUGCAAGAGACGGAAGACGUAGGCGCCCAUAAUAAUGAUAAUAACGAUGAGCUUGCACAGUCUAAAGGGUCCAAGAAAGAAUCGGUGUUAUCGCAGUCUCUGAAUGGUUUGAGUGGGGAAGAAGAAGAUGAUGAUGACGAAGAUGACGACGACGAAGAACUAGAAGAAGCUGUCCCAGAUGUCGUACUCCCGUCUAACUUCAGCAAAUGUCCACGGAGUGAUCUGGUGAUUCUGAUUUCAAGAAUGCUCUCCUUCUUGAUACACAUCAACGAUUCAGCUUCCAGGACAGAGCAGUACGAACUGACACGGUUCCAUUCCAGGGUACCUCCGCAGAUUUCAGUUUACGACUAUUUGAUGCGGAUGACACGAUAUUCGGCGCUUGAGCCGGCUGUGUUGAUAGCGUCGGUUUACUAUAUCGAUCUUUUCUCUGCCGUAUACCCUGCAUUUUCGCUCAAUUCGCUCACUGUGCAUCGUUUCUUGCUUACUGCAACUGCUGUGGCCAGCAAAGGACUUUGCGAUUCUUUCUGUACCAAUACACAUUACGCCAGAGUCGGAGGUGUGCAGUGUAGUGAGCUACACGUUCUUGAAAACGAUUUUUUGAAACGUGUGAAGUAUCGAAUUUUGCCGCGAGACGAUAAUAUCAUGAACUGCAAAAUUGAGCGUCAAGAAGACAUUUUUGUCACAGCUCAUUAUGCGGAAGGACACGUUAGAGGUCCAAACAAUGGAUUUAACGUUCUCGAUACCUACUACCGCAAAAUAAUCGAAAUAGUCGGCAGCUAUGAUUCGUCUCCCGACAAAACCAAAAAGGCACAUUAUUCUAUGGAAGCUCCACAUACCAAACCUGACACUAAGUCCUCCUCACAAACGCAGCAGAAGAAGCGUGGUUGGGAAGGACCGGAUGCCGAUUUCAAAGCUAAUUGUACCAAGAAACCAUCGUGA